UAUUAUGGGAAAAAAUGUCUGUUUAUCCGCUUAGUUUGUGAAUUUUAUUUUUUACCAAAACUGAUCCUGCCUCUCGUCCCUGCUACCACCAUCACUGCCACUAUCAUCAAUACCACCACCGUCAACACCGCUAACAUCAUCCUCAAUACCACCACCCUCAACACCGCUAACAUCAUCCUCAAUACCACCACCAUCAAUACCACCGUCCACACCGCUAACAUCAUCCUCAAUACUACCACCGUCAACACCGCUAACAUCCUCAAUACCACCACCAUCAAUACCACCACCGUCAACACCGCUAACAUCAUCCUCAAUACCACCACCAACACGACUACCAUCAUCAAUACCGCUAAUGCUACAAUCAACACCACCGCUAACGCUGCCACCGUCAGUCGGCUCCCAUGCAGUCUCCCCCGCCGGCCACCACCGCGGAAGAGGCCGCGGGUCUGGCCGACCGGCCCGUAGCCAUGGACGCAGCGCCGCCGGGGGGGGCGACGCUUGUCCAGGAGGAGGAGGAGGCAGCGGCGACGGGCGCGGAGGCAGGAGCCUUGGUGGGCGACGCCUGGGCCUCCGUGGUGCCCCCCGACUGGGUGCCGGUGAUGAGGCAGGACAUCCACAGCCAGCGGCGCAUCAAGCCGCAGGCUCCGUUCAGCGACGCCUAUCUCAGCGGCAUGCCCGCCAAGCGCAGGAAGACCAUGCAGGAAGGGGAGGGUGGGCGCCUGUCCCUAGCCGACGCUCUUCGCCGAGCGGCGCGCGGAGCCGGGGCUCAGCCGGUGACCAGCGUGGAGUCGCUGGCACGCGACGCCGACGCCACGCAGGCCGCCUACAGGCAGCAGGUGAAGUCUGACAUCAAGAAGCGGCUGAAGGACGACUCUGACUACGACCCCAGCCGCUUCCCCAACUCGCGCCGAGUCUUUGAGGACGACGAUUCUUAGGGUGCUCACGGCACCAGAGGCGUUAGUGUAGGAGGUGACGCACCACCACCACCUUCACCACCGCUAUCAUCGUCACCACCGGCGCUGUCACCACCACCUUCACCACCACUACCACCACUAUCAUCGUUUAGCCACCACCACCAUUGCUAUCACCACCACCGCUAUUAUCGUCACCACCACCACCACCACCAUUGCUAUCACCACCACCGCUAUCGUCACCACGACCAACCACUAUCAUCAUCAUCACCCACCGUCAUCAUUGUCACCAUCACCGCUAUCGUCACCACCAUCCAUCAGCGUUAUCACCAUCACCACCACCAUCAUCAUAGCAGUCGCCACCACCAACACACGCGUGCUUGACUCCGUACUGUAUAUUGUUGCCAAAGUGAUGAUGGUUUUUGUUUGUUUAGUUUUGCUGUUUAUUUUAUUGUCUUGGUUGGGGGGAGGGGCUAGAGUUGGGGGUGGGGUGGUGUGGGGUGGUGUGGGGUAAGGUGAUGUAGAGAGUGGGGUUUGGCACGCGCGAGGGGCUUUGUUGUUUCUGUUGCUGUGUUCCGUGUGUCGCCCACCCACGCCCCACCCCUCCCAUACUUCACGGCAAUGUCUCUUCCCCUCCCUUGGAACCUGUGAUGAAUAAAUGACGAACGUUUUAAUG